UUCAAAUUUCAAUUGAAGGUUCUACUCCGAGCAAAAUCAUGGACCGACUCAGCGAUUUGCCAGAGCCAAUUCUAAUUCACAUACUCUCUAUGUUGCCCGAUGAUGGUAAACAAGUUGUUAGAACCAGUGUAUUGUCUACGCGAUGGAGGUUUAUUUGGAUGUCCGUUCUGGUAUCACUUGAUUUCAAUCAUUCUAGCAAAAAGGGAAUUGCUGAUUUCAUUGCUUCCGUCCAUAGAGAACUUUAUUAUUGGAGGUCUUGCGAUAAAAUCCGGAGAUUCAAUGUGUAUCUCCAUAGUUACGACGAGUGUUAUGCUAAAGAUGUUGAUUUAUGGCUACAUUUUGCUACUACUAAAGUCGAAGAUUUUUUUAGACUUGGUAUUAGGAAUGACAAAAACUAUGAGUUUCCUCAGUUUGCAUAUAAAAUUGCGUCGCUGAGGAAUUUGGAAUUAUGGCAAUGCCAACUGAACCCUCGUGGUAGUGUUCAUUGGAGUAGUCUCGUUUCUCUUUCAUUUGGGUUCAUGAACUUGACGGAAAGUGUCAUGAAAAAGGUAUUAUCUGGUUGCCCUAACUUGGAGUGCUUGGAAUUGCAUAAUUUUAGGGGCAUUCAUCGUCUGGAAAUUAGCUCUGUGAAGCUGAGAGAAUUGAGCAUAGAAUGUUACUACAAUGAUAAUCAUGACCUUUGGCUUGAAAUAAUAGCCCCGCAUAUACAAACACUGGGACUUUCGGGGUUGUGCAAUGAGAUACGAAUAAGACAGAGAAAUGUGGCAUCACUUGUUACUGCAAUUCUUUAUUUGGAUUUUGAUGUUAAGGGUAAAGAACGCAACUUGGAGAAGGAGUGUAGCUUUUUGAAGGAACUUCUUCAAAGCGUUGCCCAUGUCGAGAAUCUUCAAUUGAAUACCUGGGGCAUCGAGUGCCUGUCCAUCCUUGAGUUGAAAGGGUGGCGGUCUCCACCAUCAAGCUGGAAAUUCUUAGAACUUGGCGCAACCUUAAAUCAGUUGGAGUUUCCUGGAAUUUGCAGCUUUCUACAGAGUUCAUCGGAUCUUGAGACAUUGGUCAUUAGCUGGUACGGGUACAAUCACAAAUCAAGAGAAUUACUAUCGAAGUACAUAAAUGAGGAUGAACAGAGCAGGAGGUUUGAGACACAUUAUUUUAACUGCUCAUUGCUACAUCUAAAGACCAUCAAGUUCAUUGACUAUUUUGGACCACUAAGUAAAUAUAAGUCAGCGCUACCAUUGGUAAAAUAUUUGCUCAAGCAUGCAAUCGUGCUAGAAAAGUUCGUUGUUACUGCCAGAAUCAAAAGGAAUGUUGCGUCUCAGGAUUAUGUUAAAAUGGAACAGGAGUUCCUAAGCUUUCCAAGAUCCUCUCCACACGCUUCAGUUAUCUUUUCUUAUUGAUAAUCUUGGCCCCUAACAGUUGUAUUGGUUACAACAUACUUAACAUCAUGGUUGAAACUGGUUUGUAGCUUAUAGACAAAAAUAGGAUUAUACUUUUCAGUAUCCAAGGAGUUAUUAGUAGUUUUUCAUUUCCAAGUAACAGUGCAUUUCUUGAAUCAGCAUUUAAGAAGGAUUGCUCUA